GUCGGUGUCGGUGAGAUACUGCGGCGGCGGCACUGAUGUGGGGGGGGGGGGGGGGAUCUCGCUGUACUUAUAGCCGGUGUGAUCGACCCUUUUUUUACACAGGCAUACGGCCUUGCUUCAUGCCGCUCAUGUGUCGGUGUUUCGCUUCCGUCAAGUACGUGCCCUUAAUCAAUUAUGCUGUACUGUACAUAUUUAAGAUCUGACCGGUAUGGCAGUUGACGGUUGACGGAUCGACGAUCGACGUUCAGUGCUCUGUUUCGUCGUCGCUUUGCCGAAAAAUGGCUAGAUCUAUUGAGAUCCCGUUAAGGGAUAGCCCCGAUGAGGUUAUAGAGUUGUACUUGGAUCAACUUCCUCAUGGGGAUGAAGUUCUUGGAAUUUUAUAUCAAGAAAAUGCCCAUCUCAAUAUUUGGGUCAAUUUGGCACUUGAGUAUUACAAGCAACAUAAGAUUGAAGAUUUCAUCAAGAUACUUGAAUCGUCAAGAUCUAAAGCUAAUACUGAGUACCGGGACUAUGAAAAGGACCAGAUGCGUGCCUUGGACAUGUUGGCAGCCUAUUAUGUUCAAGAAGCCAACCGUGAAAAAAAUAAGGACAAAAAAAAAGAUUUAUUUACUAAAGCUACUUCACUGUUUAUUGCAGCAGAUAAAAUCAUCAUGUAUGAUCAGAAUCACUUGAUUGCAAGAGCUUAUUUUUGUUUGCUGGAAGGUAACAAAAUCGAUCAGGCUGAUGCACAGUUCAACUUUGUAUUGAACCAAUCUCCUAAUAAUAUUCCAUCUCUACUUGGUAAAGCCUGUAUUGCUUAUAAUAAGAAAGAUUAUCGAGGUGCUUUGACUUUCUACAGAAAAGUACUGCGAAUAAAUCCACAGUGCCCUGCAGAUGUUAGGGUUGGCAUGGGGCAUUGUUUCGUGAAACUGGAUAAUCGUGAAAAAGCACGUUGCGCGUACAAAAGAGCUUUACAACUUGAUGAAAAGUCUGUAGGAGCAUUGGUGGGGCUUGCAAUAUUGAAACUUAACGAAUUUAACGAUACUCAGGAUCAGAAUUCUGAGUAUGAAAAUAGUAUCAAGGAUGGUAUACAGAUGUUUGCCACUGCUUAUAAUAUCGACCAAACAAACCCGAUGGUUUUGAACCAUUUGGCUAAUCACUAUUUUUUCAAGAAAGACUAUAAAACUACUCAGCGCUUGGCGUUGCACGCGUUUCAUAAUACAGAAAAUGAAUCGAUGCGCGCAGAAAGUUGUUAUCAAUUAGCCAGGUCGUUUCAAGUUCAAGGCGAUUAUGAUCAAGCCUUUCAAUAUUAUUAUCAAGCAACACAAUUUGCUUCACCCGUUUUCGUGUUACCACAUUACGGAUUGGGACAAAUGUACAUAUAUCGCGGAGAUAAUGAGAAUGCAGCACAGUGUUUCGAAAAAGUCUUAAAGGCUCAGCCAAACAACUACGAAACAAUGAAAAUUCUUGGCUCGUUGUAUGCCAAUAGCGUGACACAGUCAAAACGUGACAUGGCAAAAACGUUCCUUCAGAAAGUGACUGAAGAUCACCCAGACGACGUGGAAGCUUGGAUUGAACUUGCGCAAAUUUUGGAGCAGAGUGAUCUCCAAGCCUCUCUAAAAGCUUAUGAAACGGCAACUCGAAUAUUAAACGAAAAAAUUCAAGCGGAAAUUCCACCGGAAAUUCUAAAUAAUAUUGCAGCGAUUCAAUACAGGUGCAUUAUAAUAUUAGAAUGUCUCGACGAAGCCAGAAAUAAAUUGACAGAGUCUUUGGAGCGCUCAAAGGCCGACGCUGAACAUCACCCAAGCUACUACAACUCCAUAGCGGUAACAACAACAUACAAUCUGGCUCGUGUUUACGAGGCCCAGUGCAUGUUCGACAAAGCUGAAAAGCUCUACAAGAACGUGCUAAAGGAGCACCCGAACUACAUUGACUGUUAUCUGCGACUGGGCUGCAUGGCCCGAGAUAAGGGCCAGAUCUACGAAGCUUCCGAUUGGUUUAAGGACGCUCUUAGGAUCGACAACGAGCAUCCAGACGCCUGGUCCUUACUUGGCAAUCUCCAUUUGGCCAAGCAGGAAUGGGGUCCCGGUCAGAAGAAGUUCGAGAGGAUCCUUAGAAAUCCAUCUACCAAUAAUGACGCCUAUUCUCUUAUUGCCUUGGGUAAUAUCUGGCUGCAGACCAUGCACCAGAGCGGAAAAGAUAAGGACAAGGAGAAGCGUCAUCAGGACCGAGCUAUGGCGAACUACAAGUUGGUGCUGAGAAAUGACCCGAAAAACAUCUGGGCUACGAACGGCGUGGGCUGCCUGUUGGCUCACAAGGGCUAUAUGAACGAGGCCCGAGACAUUUUCGCGCAAGUACGCGAAGCUACUUCAGAACUCCCUGACGUUUGGUUGAACAUCGCUCACGUCUAUGUCGAACAGAAGCAGUAUGUCAGUGCUAUCCAAAUGUACGAGAAUUGCCUCCGAAAAUUUUACAAGUACCACCACGUGGAGAUACUUGGGUACCUUGCAAGAGCUUACUUGAAAGCCGGCAAGUUGAAAGAGGCCAAACUGACUUUGUUGACGGCUCGCAGAGUGGCUCCCCAAGAUCCUGUAUUACUCUACAACGUAGCCUAUAUCCUCCAGAGACUCGCUACGAUGAUUUUGAAAGAUGAGAAGUCGAUGCUGGUGACGGUACUGCAAGCGGUCCACGAGCUGGGCCUAUCGCAGAAAUACUUUCAGUACUUGGCCAGUCGCGAAGAAAAAAUGAAGCAAGUAGCGGGAAAAGAAGCCAGGAGUUGUCAGGAUUUACUGUCUCAGGCACAGUACCACGUCGCCAGGGCCAGGAGAAUGGAUGAGGAGGAGAAGAUGCUGAGGAAGAAACAGGAGGAGGAGAGCCAGACGUUAAAGAUGCGCCAAAUGGAGGAGCAGCGUAAAAUGGAAGAGAUCCGUAGGCAGAAGGAGGAAGAGAUGCUGCAGAAACGUCAGGAGUACGUGGAAAAAACAAAAAGCGCUCUGGUAUUCGGAGAAAUGCCGAAUGAGAAGUCGGGAAAGAAGGGCAGCAAGAAAGGUAAGACCGGCGAGUACAUCAGCGACAGCAGUGGCUCUGGCAACGAAGUGGACGGUGCCGAAGAAGAAAGCUCGCGUGAGAAAAAACAACGAAAAAAGUCCAACAAAACCAAAGAGAGGAAGCCUCGUGGAAAGGGAAAACGAAGAAAAGGAAUCGAAAGUGGAGGUUCAGGGGAUGACAAGCCGAAGUCGAAACGCGGAAAGAAAAGUGGUGCCAGAAAGGAAAAGUCACAGAACAAGUCGAUCAAGGAAUGCACAGUGCCAAAAUCCCGCAUUAUUUCCAAAGAAACAAUCUCCACAGACGAGUCGGAAAGCGAUAACGAGCGUUCGGAAGUUAGGAGCGGGGAUGAGAGUGACACGGGUGCACCGCGCGGCAAACGUCGUAUUGCCUCAGAUUCCGAAGAGUCGCGAUCAGGCUCACGCUCCAAGUCCAGGUCGAGGUCAAGAUCUAGAUCUAGCUCUGUCAGAAGUGGUUCAAGAUCCAUAGCUGGGUCAAGGUCGAGGUCCAGGUCCAAAUCUGGUUCAAGAUCGAGAUCUCGAUCAAGGUCUAGAUCGAGGUCAGAAUCCAGAUUUCGAUCAAGGUCUAGAUCAAGCUCAGGAUCCAUAUCAAAAUCAAGGUCUAGAUCGAGGUCAGAAUCCAGAUCAAAAUCAAGGUCUAGAUCAAGGUCAGGAUCCAAAACAAAAUCAAGGUCUAGAUCGAGGUCAGGAUCCAGAUCAAAAUCAAAGUCUAGAUCGAGGCCAGGAUCCAGAUCAAAAUUAAGGUCUAAAUCAAGAUCAGGAUCCAGAUCAAAAUCAAGGUCACGAUCUAGAUCGGUAUCAAGGUCCAAGUCGAGAUCUAAGUCACGAUCCAGAUCAAUAUCAAGGUCUAAGUCGGGGUCUCCGCACUCUACAAAUAAUAAAAUGGAUGAUUAAGAGAUAAUAUAAGUCAUACUACUUAAUAAGAACAGAAAAUUCUUGUAAAAAUGUGUCAACUACCUCGAUUUUUUAUCGGUUUAUUCUAUGCCAAUGUAAGGUAUACGGUAAUUGAAAUGUGAUAAAAGCAAACUAUGACAGAAAUAAAACACAUAUUUUUUAAUAGUUAUCAAUAUAAGUCUCACAAUGUUACAGGUAUGCCAAAAGAUGCAAAUUAUGAGGAAGGAUGGUGAAUAAAAAAACAGUAGCAAUUUUUUAGAGUCAGGUUGUAAUCAAAACCAAGCGCUUACUGAGAAGUCACUCGGUUAUGACUGCAACCACCUUUUAAUUUACAAUUCAUUGCUGCUAAAGACAAUAAUUACACCGCAAGCGUAA